CAUUUAUGGAGUUAUGCUUUGUAUUCACCAGAGACUUUAUUAGGUCAAGCUCCAGAGUUGAAAGAAAAGGGUUUAGUUAACGUUAAAAUUGACAGAGACAAUAUUUUAAGUCCGGGUUUAACUAUUAAUAUCCAGAUUAAAAUAUUAAUUAACAGAGAUAAUUUAAAACAACUAAAAAAUUUGCUACCUCCUAUUAAUACCUCUCAAUCUUCUCCACGUGCAAGAAAAUUACCCAAAGAUCAUUUGCCCGAUUCUCUCAAAUACCAAAAUUACAAUUCUGAUGUUAUACGACCUGCUGCGAUCUUCGUAAAAGCUAUCAUUGCCUCUGAUCAUGAUUUGUCUAAUAAAAAAAAAUUUCCUUAA